AUGGGACAGACUCAAACUACUCCUUUAAGCAUUAUGGUCGAUAAUUUUAAAGAGGUAAAGGGAAGGGCCAGCAACCUCAGUGCGGAGGUUCGGAAGGACUGGUGGUGGACUUUUUGUUCCAGGGAGUGGCCGACUUUUAAUGUCGGGUCGCCGCCGGAGGGGACUUUCGAUCUCCCCACCACGCGGGUUAGGGAAGUCGUCUCCCAGCCCAAAGAGGGACAUGCUGGUCAACUCUCUUACAUUGUUACUUGGCAGGACCUUGUGGAAAAUCCACCAUCUUGGCUUAGGCCCUUCCUACCUCCACACCCUCUGGAGCCAGAACCCAUUCUUGCCUUGCAAGAAGCAGAGAAGAGGGAGGAGAAAAAAGCCACCCUGCCAUCAGCUCCAGCUCCCCUCUACCCGGUUUUGCAGGGGGGAACUGGAGAAGAGUUAAUUUUUCCUCCCCCAUAUCAUUUCCACAGGAUGCCAGAGAGAUUCGAUCCCGCCCCGUCGUGGGAAGCUGAUGCAGUUCCGGGAGUGCCUGGGGGCGGGGUUCCGGGAGUGGCCGCGGUUCCGGUUCCGGUAGGAGGCCCGCCUCUCACCCGGCAAAGAGCUCAGUGGGAACUGUCUGUCGCAGCACCCAACUCCACUAUCAAGACCCUGCCCUUACGGGCCGCUGGACCCCCGGAUGCGGAUGGCAACCAGCCCCAUUUCUAUUGGCCUUUCGCAACUAGCGACUUGUAUAACUGGACACAGAACCCUAAGUUCUCCGAAAAGCUGGGGAGACUUAUUGACUUGCUAGAUUCUGUUCUUUUCACCCAUCAGCCCACAUGGGACGACUGUCAGCAGCUUUUACAGAUUCUGUUCACAACGGAAGAGAGAGAAAGGAUCCUCAAUGAGGCCCGGAAGAUGGUUCCUGGUGUAGAUGGAAAUCCAACCACAAACCAGGCCCAGAUAGAUGUCUCUUUUCCCUUAACUAGGCCUGAAUGGGAUUUCAACAUGGCAGAAGGUAAGGAGAGGCUUUUGGUCUACCGCCAGACUCUAGUGGGUUGUCUCCGCAGGGCUGCUAGAAAGCCCACCAAUUUGACCAAGGUAGGGAAUGUACAGCAGGAAAGAGAUGAGUCUCCAGCUGCCUUUCUAGAACAGAUCAUGGAGGUAUAUCGCACCUAUACCCCCAUGGAUCCAGAAACCCCUGAGAAUAAGGCAGCUGUAAUCAUGAGUUUUAUAAACCAGUCAGCCAUGGACAUUAGAAAGAAACUGCAGAGAAUAGAUAGGUUAGGAGAAAAGAGUUUACAGGAUUUACUGGCAGUGGCAGAGAAGGUGUUCAAUAACCGAGCCCCUGAGGAUAGGCAAGCCCGCGCCAUGGUGGCUGCCAGUGACAAGCAGACCCGAAACCUGGCCAAGAUUCUGCUAGCCACCACCAUGGAGUCCCCUGAGGAGCGGAUCCGCCGCCUUCGCCAGCUUGCUGAUGGCCAAGAAAGAGGUAAGGGAACUGCCCGGGGUGGGAGAAAGAAGCUGCAACGGAACCAGUGUGCUUACUGCAAAGAGAUAGGGCACUGGGUCCGAGAAUGCCCAAAGAAGGCUGGUAAAAAGGAAAACAAGACAGACCGGGUGGAGGUCUUGGAGCUGGAAGGACUGAGUGAUUAGGGGAGUCGGGGUUCGGACCCCCUCCCUGAGCCCAGGGUAACUCUUAGAGUGGAGGGGACCCCUGUUGACUUCCUUGUUGACACUGGAGCACAACAUUCGGUUCUCCGCACACCCUAGGGGAAGCUAGCUAAUAAAAAGUCCUGGGUGCAAGGGGCAACUGGCAUGAGCCAGUAUUCAUGGACUACCCAAAGAACAGUAGAUCUAGGAACGAGCCGGGUAUCCAAUUCUUUCAUGGUAAUACCAGAGUGCCCCUACCCCCUAUUAGGAUGGGACUUGCUAACCAAGAUUGGAACCCAAAUAACCUUCAGACAAGGGGGGCCUCAGGUCACCAAUGGCAAAGGCCACCCCAUCCAGGUUCUGACUCUGAGACUGGAGGAUGAAUAUCGCCUCCACCAGGGGGCACCCCCAGUAGAGAACAAUAUGGACAGGUGGCUGCAAGAAUUCCCCACAGCCUGGGCAGAGAUGGGGGGAGUAGGACUGGCCACCCACAGGGCCCCAACCCUGCUAGAGCUAAAACCAGGAUAAGGCCCAAUAAGAGUCAAACAGUACCCUAUGUUCCAGGAGGCUCGGAAGGGAAUCCAGCCUCACAUCCGGAGACUGCGAAGCCUAGGGGUACUGGUUCCAUGCCAAUCUGCCUGGAACACCCCCCUCCUGCCGGUCAGAAAGCCCCACACGAAUGACUAUCGACCAGUCCAGGACCUCCGGGAAGUAAAUAAAAGAGUCCUGGAUAUACACCCAACCGUUCCUAACCCAUACACUCUCCUAAGCUCUCUGGCACCCUCUAGAGUCUGGUAUACUGUAUUAGACUUGAAGGAUGCCUUUUUCAGCCUGCCGCUAGAGCCUUAAAGCCAACCCCUGUUUGCCUUCAAAUGGCACGACCCAGAGGAAGGCUACAGUGGACAAUUAACCUGGAAGCGAUUGCCCCAAGGAUUCAAGAAUUCGCCCACCAUCUUCGACGAGGCGCUGCAUGAAGACCUCGGUGAGUACAGGAGAGAGCACCCCAAUCUCACCUUCCUUCAGUACAUAGAUGACAUCCUGAUUGCUGCCGAUACCGCCAAAGAUUGUGAGCAAGGGACCAAAGAUCUGCUGGCCACCCUAGGGACCUUAGGGUACCGGGCUUCUGCGAAGAAGGCUCAGAUAUGCCAAAAGAGGGUGAGUUACCUGGGAUACAUACUGGAGGGCGGACAGCGGCAGUUGUCAGAUGCUAGAAAAGAGACAGUCUUGAAAAUCCCUGCUCCCACCUCCUGGAGGGAGGUGAGGGAAUUCCUAGCAUCGGCUGGCUAUUGCCGCCUCUGGAUACCAAGUUUUGCUGAGAUCGCCAGGCCCCUAUAUGAAGCCACCAAGGAGGGGAAGGCCUUUAAAUGGACUGAGACAGAAGAAAUUGCCUUUAAUCACAUAAAGAAAGCUCUUUUGGCUGCUCCAGCCCUGGGCCUACCAGACAUUACAAAACCCUUUCGCCUCUUUGUAGACGAGCGCAAAGGAGUAGCAAAAGGGGUUUUAACCCAGGCUUUAGGCCCCUGGAGUCGCCCAGUAGCAUAUUUGUCUAAAAACCUGGAUCCCGUAGCCGCCGGCUGGCCACCGUGCCUAAGAAUCAUUGCAGCAACCGCGCUCUUAGUCAAGGAUGCUGACAAACUGACCCUGGGACAGGAGAUCUGGAUCACAACCCCGCAUGCCAUUGAAGGGGUCCUAAAACAGCCUCCUGAUAGGUGGAUGAGCAAUGCUCGCAUGACCCACUAUCAAAGCUUGCUGCUCAACCCCCCUAGAGUACGGUUCCAUCCCAGUGCGGCCCUAAACCCUGCUACCCUGCUACCUGACCCUGACCUAGAUGCCCCACUACAUGACUGUGCAGGGAUCCUGGAGCAGGUACAUGGACUUCGGAAGGACUUGACCAAUCGGCCCCUCCCGGAUGCAGAGGCCACCUGGUUCAUGGAUGGAAGCAGCUUCGUGCGGAACGGGUGCAGGUAUGCGGGUGCGGCGGUGGUUACCAACACAAACACUAUGUGGGCGGAGGCUCUGCCCCCUGGGACAUCAGCUCAGCAAGCAGAACUCAUUGCACUCACCAAGGCACUGACACUGGGGGCUGGAAAACGGCUUAACGUUUACACAGACAGCCGUUAUGCAUUUGCUACAGCUCAUGUUCACGGGGCAAUCUACCAGGAGAGAGGGCUAUUGACAGCAGAGGGACGGACAAUAAAAAAUAAGCAGGAAAUCCUCGACCUGCUCGCGGCCUUAUGGCUUCCUGCCAAGUUAGCCAUAAUCCACUGCCAGGGACACCAAAAAGCCGAUGACCUGGUAGCGAAAGGUAACCAAAAGGCUGACCAGGCUGCAAAAGCAGUAGCCCUUACCCCGGUCCCUACCAUGGCCUUACAACUACCAGACCCAGGGGACCCAGUCCUACCAGACCAGCCCAAGUACUCCCAGGAGGAGUUGCAACGUAUCAAAAAGCUCCCCAAAGCCCAGGAAAUAAAGGGAUGGUGGCAUACACCAGAAGGAGAACUUAUACUGCCGGACUGGCUCGGGGACACGAUAUUAAAACAUAUGCACCAAUCCACUCACCUGGGAACCCGGAAAAUGAAGGACUUAAUCCAACAUGCCAGGAUCAAAAUUCACCAGCAAAAUACCAAGAUAGAUCAGGUUGUGUCUGCCUGCAAGACCUGUCAACUCACAAACGCAAGGGUCGGAUCAAAUAAAAAAGGGACCAGGCUCAGAGGCACCAAACCGGGAGCACAAUGGGAGGUCGACUUCACUGAAAUUAAACCAGGGAAGUAUGGUUAUAAAUAUCUUUUAGUAUUUAUAGACACCUUCUCUGGAUGGGUAGAGGCAUACCCAACCAAGCAUGAAACAGCUCAGAUGGUGGCCAAGAAGCUGCUGGAAGACAUCUUACCCAGGUAUGGUUUUCCUGCUAUGAUAGGAUCCGACAACGAGCCAGCCUUUAUUUCACAGGUAACGCAGGUAGUAACCAGGGCUAUUGGGGCAAAUUGGAAACUACAUUGUGCUUAUAGACCCCAGAGUUCAGGUCAGGUAGAGAGAAUGAACAGAACUCUAAAAGAGACCCUUACCAAAUUAACCAUGGAGACUGGCGGGGACUGGGUGGCUCUCCUACCGUAUGCCCUUUACCGGGUAAAGAACUCCCCUUACAUCCUGGGCUUUACUCCCUAUGAAAUCAUGUUUGACAGGCCACCCCCUAUCAUUCCUAACCUUAAAGCUGACUUUCUUGCUGAAUUUGAAAAUCAAGAACUAUCUCUUUCCUUAAGAGGGCUCCAGAGGGUGCACGAGGACAUUUGGCUGCGCCUCCGCGCCAUCUAUGAGACCAGCCCAACCCCAACUCCUCAUCGGCACAGACCAGGAGAUUGGGUCUAUGUCAGAAGGCAUCACCGAGAAACCCUUGAGCCACGUUGGAAGGGUCCCUACACUGUGGUGCUGACAACCCCCACCGCUCUCAAGGUAGACGGGGUCGCGACGUGGGUCCAUCACACUCACAUCCGAUAUUAA